AUGGCAGCCGCAGCGGCAUCUCCACGCCCGUCGGCCGGUAGCGGUGGCAUCUCGGCGGCUCUCCACGGCGGCGGCGGCGGCGGCGGCAAUGCGGCACUUUACGCCAACGACCCUGCGUCCCGGCACCCCGUCUUUUUCACAACGAGGCAGUGGCGUCCGGUUCACAGCGGCGCCGUCCCGUCUGCUCAGCAGCAGCACAGCCCGGUGGCACAGGGUUUCAUAUUCCAAGACUCGCUGCGGCAGGGCGGUGGCCCCAUGUCACCCAGGCUAUGA